GUGCAAUAAAAGGAGCUCACAACCAGACCUGAAACAUUGUCAAGAGAUCGAUCAUCUCAGAAUCACGAUGGCAAGAAUUGUUCUGCUGCUACUUUCAGUCGCUAUUGCCAGUGCAAGUAUUGCUGCUGGAGAGCCUACAGACACUAUACCACCUAACUGCAAACAAUACCGACUGUCCUUUGGUGUGCCUUGCCAAGAGAACUAUACCCCUGUGUGUGGUACUGAUGGAAUAACAUACAAAAAUGAAUGCAAAAUGUGUCUCAAAAGAAUGGACGCAGGUCUAAAUAUACAAAUAACCAACAUUGGUGAAUGUUGAGACCAAGAUCACCAUCUGCAUCAGGAUUGACAUACAACAGCUGUACAGCCAUUGUCAAUGCAUGUUUGUUCUGAGCUUUUAAAAAAUUCAACAAUAAAGCAUCAAUAAAGCACACAAAA